AUGUUGUUCAAAGCCAAGAGAAACUUCAACCUGGAGUUCCAUAAGCUCAGUUGCAAGUCCUAUACGCCCAUCAUGAAACAGGGCUCGUGUGAUUAUAAGAAACUGGCCAUUGGUCGCUAUGCCUUCAAUGCAAUGCUGGAAUUGCAAAGCCCCUUGGACCCGGCCGCCAUGAUUUUCAUAGCAAUCGAUUAUAGAAUGCCACCGGCUAUAACAUCACAAUCGUUUUUUAAACUGAAAACAAAACUAUGCGAUCUGCUAAAAGGCAUAAGAACAGUGCCAAUCGUAAAGAAUGUUAUAAAGGAUGUUCUUAAGAAUAGUAAUUUUCCCACCUCAUGUCCCAUAUGUGCGAAUGUUAUGUAUUAUAUGUCUAAUAUGGUGGUAACCUCGGAGAUAUUGCCCGAAUUCGUUCCCAGUGCUGGAUUCAAUUUAUCUUUGAAUUUUUUCAACAAAGAGGCCUUAAUCAUUGACUGGAAAUUGGAAGGUAGCAUUGUUAAGAAAACAUAA